AUGAGCGACACAGAGAAGGAUAAGGAUGUCUCCAUGGUAGACUCGCACGAAACGACCGAGGAGCCACCCAGUACAACCACCAACACGCCAUCUUUCCCUCACCUAGCACAGGAGCAGGCGAAGGAGGAAUCUGCUACAUUGGGAGCAGAAGUAGCUCAUAAGAAGAUCAACUACGAGCAAGAAGCACAGAAACUGGAGGAAAAGGCCCUUAGGUUCCUGGCCAAACAAACUCACCCGGUAAUUAUUCCAUCGUUUGCCUCUUGGUUUGAUAUUUCGAAGAUCCACGAGAUUGAAAAAAGAUCGAAUCCAGACUUUUUCAACGACUCAUCAAGAUUCAAGACACCGAAGGCAUAUAAGGACACAAGAAAUUUCAUUAUCAACACGUACCGUCUUUCGCCGUACGAAUAUUUGACUAUUACCGCUGUGAGAAGGAAUGUGGCCAUGGAUGUUGCCUCGAUAGUGAAGAUUCACGCGUUUUUGGAAAAAUGGGGGUUGAUCAAUUACCAGAUUGACCCCAGAACCAAGCCCAGUCUUAUCGGGCCAAGUUUCACGGGUCAUUUCCAAAUAGUUCUGGACACCCCACAAGGGUUAAAGCCAUUUUUACCAGAGAAUGUGAUCAAACAGGAAGCGGAAGGGGAAGAUGGAGCGGAACCAAAGGUCAAGAAGGAGUUCCCCGUUAAUCUUUCAAUUAAGAAGAACGUUUACGAUUCUGCACAAGACUUCAAUGCAUUACAAGAUGAAAGCAGAAACUCGAGACAGAUUCAUAAAGUUUAUAUUUGCCAUACAUGUGGCAACGAGUCAAUCAAUGUGCGCUAUCACAAUUUGCGUGCACGGGACACCAACCUAUGCUCCCGUUGUUUCCAAGAGGGUCAUUUCGGCGCCAAUUUCCAGUCAUCAGAUUUCAUUAGGUUGGAAAACAACGGAAACGUAAUUAAAAAAAACUGGUCAGACCAGGAGAUGCUUUUAUUGUUGGAGGGUAUUGAAAUGUAUGAAGACCAGUGGGAAAAAAUUGCUGACCAUGUGGGUGGCCAUAAGCGUGUGGAAGACUGCAUUGAAAGGUUCCUAAGUUUACCGAUCGAAGACAACUACAUUCGUGAAGUUGUUGGUUCGAAACCCAACGGUAAGGGCGGCGACAGCCGCGAUGGCGGCGUGUCUGGUUCGAAGUUGAUGGAAUGUGUGAAUGACGCUGUUCAGACGUUAUUGCAAGGCGAUGACAAAUUGAGUAAGGUCUCUGAUAAGUCGAGGGAGAUCUCCGAAAAGUACAUUGAAGAGAGCCAGGCGAUAAUCCAAGAGUUGGUCAAGUUGACCAUGGAGAAAUUAGAGACCAAAUUUACAAAGCUGUGUGAUCUAGAAACGCAGCUGGAGAUGGAAAAGCUGAAAUAUGUGAAGGAAUCUGAAAAGAUGCUAAACGACCGAUUAUCGCUGAGUAAGCAGAUUCUUGACCUGAACAGGUCGUUGGAGGAGUUGAAUGUGUCGAAGAAACUGGUACUGAUUUCGGAGCAAGUAGACUCGGGCAUACAACUAGUUGAGAAGGACCAAGAGGGCGGUAACGAAGACGGCAAUACGGCCACAGGACAUGGCGUGAAGCGUGUAGGCAAGGAAGGCGAGGAGGUGGCCGAGGGCGACUCUAUUGCACAAUUGCAGCCUCAGGUGUACAAACCGUGGUCAUUGUAA